UAUUGUGAACAAGAUAAAUCGAAAGUACUUCCGAACGGUGACGGAACAGCCGACAAUUUGGAAAGCUGUGCCAUUACCCUCCCACCACAAAAUAUGUGUAAUGGCGAUGAGCUCUUGAAAAGAUAGGUGAAAAAAAUGUCUACGCCCCAACCUCCAAAUGAGCCAACAAGUCCACCACCAGCGAAAAAGGCAAAGACAGAGGGCACAGAAAUGAGUAAGCCGCUUGCUCAGCUUCCUGUGGUUACUAUGACAACCCCUUCCAUUCCAUUAAUGACGGCCACUCCUGUGACCGUAAUCCCGUCAUCGUCAGCUAAUUUUCCCAGUGCAAUAAGUCUCACUAUAUCAAAUGCAGGUAAACAAGCCCAACUGAAGAUACCAAAUCCUACCUCACUACCACAGAUGAGGACUCAGACCCCAGCAACCUUCAUCGCACAGAACCAGGUGCAGCAGUCUGGUGGUACCAUCACCAUGAAACCACGUAUGACCAUAAUGCGCCCAGCAAUGCAGCCACAGCACAUACAACUUCAGCCUCAACCUCAGGGAGGCAAACUGGUGCCAGGACAGGUAGCUAUGACCCAAGUGACUUUGUCUCAGUUCCCACCAGGAAUCAUGGCUCAAGCCCUGCCCCCUGGCGCCAUCACAGUACAGCAGAAAUUUGCCCCACAGAUGGUAACAAAGAUCAAUCCACAGAAUUUGCAAGUUCGGCCUGGUAAAGGAGCCCCAGUCCAGCAGCUGUUGCAGAACAACAAAGGUCAGAUAUUUGUGAAUCAGAUCCAGCCAGGAGCAAAAGGAGGUGGCGUUCCUUUACAGCAGGCCUGGACUGUAAAACCUCUCAUUGGAGCUAAAGGCCAGGAGCUCAAAGUUGGAUCACCAAAUGUUUUUGCCAUUCACAACCCCACACAACAAGGAAAGAUGAUUCCAGGAAGUAAACCUAUAGCUCUAGUGCCCCAGGCACCUCCCAGACUUCCUACUUACAGUCAAGCGAUACAGAUGACCGCCAACAGUCAGGCCAUCCAGAUGCCUUCAAGUGGUCAGCCUGUACAAAUGACCCCCACCUUACAGUUCACUUCUGCUUCUAACAAAGUUCCAGUCACAUCACUGACCAAACCACAGACAAGUGCUGUCGUAAUGGUCACUGCGCCAUCUCCAAUGAGGACGGCUGCACUGGUGACCGCGCCAACAACUAUUCCCUUAGUUACCGCAGCAUCUCAAAUGAGGACUGCUGCACUGGUAACUGCUCCAACAACUCUUCCCAUAGCAACAUCAUCACCACCUUUGGUUACCAUCCCUGUAGGGACAUCAGCAUCCAUUCCUAUGGUAACCACUAUAAAUGUAGUUCCCACCACAAAGUCUACACCUGUUACAAGUGUUCCGUUGGAACUGACCACUACAACAGCUGUUAAACAGAUACCAGUGACAACUGUAGCACAGGCAAAUAACGACCAACCAUCGAAUAAUGAACCUCUGGCUAGCAAUAGCAAAGAAGAAAACAUUCAGGAUAAAAAAAAUGAGGAUGAAGAUUCAGAGUGUAGUUCUAGUGUUAAACAUUCCAAUUCUAGUUUAGAUACAGUAGUUAAUCCAGAUGAAACUGUGUCAAUCCAGCCUUCUGUAACUAGUACCAGCACAGACUUGGGAAAUGUAGAUAAACCGGCCACCCCCACUGACAAUACCCAGGUUAGUACUGCUCAAAAAGCUGUGACUGAGGACAGUGCCAUUAAGUCUGAACCAGAACAAGAGGAAGAGAAAUCCAUCAUCCCUAGUGAAGAGUCUAAAUCUGUGAUAAAUACUUAUGAUGAAAAUAGUGCUAGUUCAAAUGAAGCAACAUCCGAGAAAUCGUCCCUAGAGAACAAUUUAAAAUCGAGUGAAAGAGUGAUUUCUGAGGUUGACUCAAAUGAUGCAACUUCUGAUUCAGCCUCAAAACAGUCUGAUGAGGUUCCUCAGACCAAAGUGAAAGUUGAAGUGGAGGAGGCAGACUCUUCAGAAAUCAAGCAAUCACCAAUGGAGGUUGACCAAGCUCAUGAUUCUAAAGGUGACAAUAUGGAAAGUGUCACUCCUAAGAUUGAGGUAACUAGCCUGUGUGAUACACUCAAGUCUGAGGAGCCAGUUGCAACCUCCACAGAAACUACACCAGCUACAGGUUCAGAUUUUGAUGUAAUGGAUUCAAUGCAGUGGGAAAAUGGUGUGGCAUCUCUCGAAGGCAGCAAUCUUAAGUUUAAGAUGAACGAGUUUGGAGUGCUGGAAGUGGUGACAGAGGAUCUUGAAUGUCCAGAGACCCUCAACACCAGUAGCGAGUCAGAAAACACCAACGACCAAUCAGGCGACAAGAAAUUAUUCAAUUCAUUUGAAAUUAAAACAGAAGACAAAUCUGCCAAUGAUGGAGACAAAGAUGAUGUGUGUUGUUGCACUAAUUGUGGGGAGUAUGGAUUCCGAAGUGAAUUUCUGGGAAACUCUGGUGAUAUUUGCUCCGAGGCCUGUAUGGAGGCAUAUGAAUCCAAAAAAAAUGGCAAGGGUGUGAAAAAGAAUGUUAUGUCCAAAAUGGUGCUUGGUAUGAAGAAAAAGAAACGGAAGCUGCUGUUGAUGAAGGGAGGACAAGGGGAAGAGGAAGUCUAUCCAAAGGGUUUAGCUACAGGUAGAAAAUCUAAAGCAUUUGUUUGGUUGAAUUACUUGGAGCAAGAAGGUGGAGAGGCAGCUCCAGACAAGCUCUUUAAAGAGCCAUUCCCACAGUCCCGUAUAGGUUUUAAGGUUGGUAUGAAGCUGGAAGGAAUUGACCCUAAACACCAGUCCCUGUUCUGUGUCUUGAGUGUGGCUGAAAUCCGUGGCUACAGACUGCGACUUCAUUUUGAUGGCUUCUCCGAGUGCUACGACUUCUGGGCCAAUGCUGAUUCUGCCUGGAUUUUCCCUGUUGGAUUUUGUGAUAAACAUGAGAGAAUCUUGCAACCUCCAAAAGGUUUUACAGCAGAAAACUUCAGUUGGCCAGGGUACUUGAAGAUGGCUAAAGCUGUACCUGCUCCGAAGCAUCUAUUUCAAAACCAACCGACUCAAAAUGUGACCCCUAAUGCAUUUCGAGUGGGCUGUAAACUUGAGGCUGUGGACAAGAAGAAUAACAACCUAAUCUGUGUAUCCACUGUGGCAGACACACUUGGUGAUAAAAUACUUGUACACUUUGAUGGAUGGGAAGAUACUUACGACUACUGGUGUGAUGUCGCCUCCCCAGACAUACACCCGGUCGGCUGGUGUCAUGAAAACAACACACAACUCUCACUUCCUUGUGAUUGGAAGGAGGUAGACUUCACUUGGGAGAGCUACCUAGCUAAAACUAAAUCAGUUGCUGUUCCUGCUAGAGCAUUUAAACCUAGGGCAGCCUUAGGUUUUAAGGUUGGCAUGAAGUUGGAAGUGGUAGAUAAACGGAACUCGCUCCUCAUCCGUGUAGCAACUGUGAGUGAGGUUGAUGGCCAUCUAAUCAAGAUCCACUUUGAUGGAUGGGCAGAUACCUUCGACUAUUGGGUUGACGACGACUGUUCAGAUAUUCAUCCUCCAGGCUGGUGCAGCAAGACAAACCACCCUCUUACCCCUCCAAUAAGUCCAGCAGAUCUGGUUGAUACAGCUGAGAAAGGGGGAUGUCCAACUCCAGGCUGCAAAGGGAUUGGCCACAUCAAAGGAGCCAAGUACACUGGGCACCACAGUGCUUUUGGCUGUCCAUAUUCUAGCUCCAACAUUAACAAGGAGACAGCUCUUCAAGACAGAUUGGGGUCAACUCGAGCAGAGGAGGUGAAUCAAACACCUGCUCCUUCACCUCCUGGAACGCCCACCUUCAAACCUCAGAGAAGCAUGGAAUACCCUUCCUCACCAGAAUUGAAGAAAUGUCCAACGCCUGGCUGUGAUGGACAAGGGCAUAUCACUGGAAAGUUCACCAUGCACCAUAAAGUCUCUGGCUGUCCUCUUUCUGAGAAAAACAUUAUGAUGAUGCAGAUGCAGAAUAAACCUCAGCAUAUGACAAAUGGUGAUACUGGCAAGGUCAAGGUCAAAUCUGGGAGAGGCCGAAAACCAAGGAGCUAUUACCUGAACAUGGGUGACCGAGGACCACACAAAGUGUCACGAGAGAGAGAAAAGGAGAGUAAAGCGACUUCGGAAUCCAAGAACACAAAUAACCUACACAAUGGGAUCCACCAGUCAGUAUUCAUGUCAUCCAUGGUGCCAAAUCCCAACAAGGACUUACCCCUGUGUUGGGAGCAACAUUCAAAGCUUCUGCCCGGAGUUGACAAGAUGAAGGGCUCAGAGGUGUCUAACUGGAACGUGGACCAGGUUUCACAGUUUGUCCGUUCACUUCCGGGCUGUGAGGAGCAUGCCAAGGCUUUUAAGGAUGAGCAAAUUGAUGGAGAAGCAUUCAUGUUGAUAACACAGACAGACAUUGUUAAGAUCAUGAAUGUGAAAUUGGGUCCAGCUCUAAAAAUCUUUAACAGCAUUCUCAUGUUCAAGAACUCGCUGGAUGUCUAGUAAUUAAUGACAGACUCUAGGAAGUGUGGAACAAUGUACAUAGUACAAAUUCUACUGGCUGGAGGAGGUCACAGGAAAUACUCUCCAUUGGAACAAAGAGCUAGUUCUGGAAACUGUUAGCAUCACAAUUCAGGACGGAGCAAGAAUAUAUACUUACAGGAGAUAUUGGUGGAACAUGGAGCAGGCAUGUUCACUCCAAAGAUAGAAGCUUCUUGUUGAGUAUAGUAAAUUGUAUUACAACAUUGAGCAAGCAUUGUCUGACAGAAUAGAAUGAUCUGAUAAAUCUGUCGUAGAGAAGACAUGUUCAGACAAAAUAUUAAGUUAUGUUAUAACAUAGAGCAAGCUUGUUUGGACAGAAUAGAAAAUCUUGUUCAUUGUCAAUGGACUCUAAAUACAUCUUAUAUGAUUAUAUAAGACAUCCGCAAAUUUUAUUUGAACUGAACUUUUACAACUUGUUUGUGCCAUAGUGUUUUACUAUCAUUGUAAUAUUACCAUGUAAUAUAUAGUUAAGUUUGCUCAAAGUUGAAAUCCUUGUAUGUUUGGAAAGAAAAACUUAUAUGAACGGGACUAUUUUAUGUUUUAAUUGUAGUUUCUGUAGUAAUUAACUAAAAUUUUAAUCAUGUGAGCAAGAAGUCCAUUGGCCAUUGCAAAAAUAAGGAGACAAAUAUAAAACUGAAUUGGUCUGUUAAGCCAAUGAAUUUUUUAAAAGCAUUAACGAGACCUUGAAUUUGUUUUAGAAAUUGUUAGGUUAAGACUGUAUACAUGUUGUGAAUUAAGAUUUCCAUUUAAGCCAUAUCAUUAGUACCUGAUUUUGCAAUCUUGCAAAAUAACAAAAUUUUAGUUUUGUACUUUUCAAAUUAUGUCUGUAAUUCACUCAUCUGGCACUAAUUGCAGGUGAGCUUCUAGUUCUGUAGUAAGUACCUUAUUUCAUAACCUGAUCUGCAUCAUUUAAAUUUAUCAAAAAAAAAAGAUCCUUACAAAGGAGUAGAGACUUAAUACAGAGAGUAUACACUGUAUGACUGGAUUCAUGAAAUUUAAUCAAAUCCAGACAUAAUUGAUUGAAAUUGUUGAAAUCAAAUUGUUUAGCUUAUAUGUGAUUGUAUAGGCAAAAUCCUCUGUUGUUCUGAUUAUGGUCACAUAUGCAAAAAGUUUUGUUAAUAUUAUUGUGCGUAAAUUGUCUAUUAUAUGCCUAUCACUAGUUACCUGACAUGGGAAUCUUAAGCUUGUUAUUGUGUUAAUCAGAAGUAUAUGUCAUUUACUUACACAAAGUUUACAGUAAGAUUAAGGUGACAGAAAGAUUAUGAAGCAAAAACAUAAUUCCUGUGGACUGUACAUAUGUAUAUAACUUGGGCGUUAUUAUUCCCAUAGUGCUUUCAUCAAAUUAAGAGACUUUGUAUUCCAGGCGACCAGUUUCAGGAAGGAGCAGUGCACUUUCAGAUUUUUUUAAGCAUUGCUUAAUAUAUUUAUACAUGUAUAUACUUUGCAUGAUAUUCAAAUUACAUUUAACUCAUCACUAAUCUAGAUUUCACAUUAUAUAUGUAAUAAUGUUGGUUUCUGAAAUUGAUUUAAUCCUUUCUGUAAUUUACUUUUUGGAGUCUAUAUACAUAUAUAAACAUGAUGAAAUGGAUUGGCAGUUUCAUUAAAAAGGAUCUUUAUAUGCAUUAAAUGUCUGAUAUAUAUAUCCUACCUUUUGUAAUCCAAAUAUAUACAGUCGAGACUCAAAAUGAAUGGAUGGUAUAAUGUUACUAGACAUCCCUUGGUCCAAGCUUCUAAUUACAUAUAGCUAGAUGUCAAAGAAUCUUGGAGUCUAUAUGAGCUGUUUUGUAUUGUCCAUGUUUGUUAUGUUGUGCUUCUCCUAUGUAACAGGAUUUGUACCUGUCCAUGUAUUUUCACAUUGUUAUAACAGAAGCUACGUUUUUGGCACAAUGUCAUCAGGUAUUGUGCUAUUCAAAUCACAUACCCGUAUUUCGGUGGUUCCAUUUGAUCUCAUAUUUAGCAUGUUAGAUUUUGAAACUAAUAAAAAAAAAAUGACAAUUGAAGUUUGUUACCCCUUAUUUGUAGAAAGUACUUUAGUAUAUUUCCUUAAUUUAAUUUUCAAUGUUUCAUUUGGUCUCCAGCUGUACAUUUUAAAUCUUUUUUAUUAAUUAGAAGAAUAAAAAAUGAUAGUGAUAUUUUGUCAAUACAACAUAUCAAAUCAACUGGUAAGAGGAAAGAUGACAAGUAAUAAAACUUGAAGAUCACACUUGUAUAUUAGAAUCAGUAAAUCAGUAAAUACAUUGAUGCCGUCUUGGAUUAUCUCCCUUAUGAGACUGCAUCAGAGUCAGUUAAUUUGUUCACAUUCUUACUAAUACACAAACAAUUUACAUCGUGAUAAAUUAAUAUGGUAUAUGUACAGUAGUUCAGAUCAAAGUGACCAUAGUUAUCAACUGCCAGUUAAAUCCAGACCAAACAAACAUCCAGUUGCUAUGAAAAAAUGGAAGCUAUUCUGUUUAGUGUUGAAAUGUUUUUAGAGACUGAAUAUCAUAGUCUAAAUUCUGAAAGAUUAAGGGUUAUCAGCUGUAUAUCACAUCACAAGUAUAUGAAAAAUUAAUGUAAAUGUUUUAAGUGUCUGAAAUGAUGGUUCAUUAAUCUGUUUGUUAAUUCUUGUACAAAAAUUGUUAAUUUUCAAUAAAGACAUGUUAACAUUAAAUUUAUCAUCUGCAUAAGAGGCAAUCGAUCAUGAGUAACAUGUUUUUUUAUAUUUGUUUACAAGUUCAAGUAUUCACUUAAAGAACAGACAUUUAUUUCAGAUGUGGGAUAUCGGUGGUUCUAAUUACUAGUAAACAGUACUGAUACUGUAUAAGCUGAUGAAUAGCCAAUUGAACUUGUCUCAUUCACAAUGUUUUGGCGUAUUAAGUCACUAUCAGUAUACUAUAUGUAACAAUGCAUUUUUAUAAUUAUUGUGAUAUUGUACUUGGGAUAUAUACGUGAUGUAAUUUCAUGUAGUAAAAAUGAAGAAUUUUGUUUCGGUAAUCUAUUAAAGUAUGAAUUGAAUUUGAAGACUUGUAUAAUAAAGAUGCUGAGCCAUACACAUAUAUAACGUGAGCAAUGGUUCCAGGAUAAAAUCUCGGAUACAAGCUAGCUGUGCCUUUGUAGUGUGUAUUAGGGCAUCAUUGUAGGCGGACUGGUUACUGGUACAGUGAUACUGGUCUAUACACAAUAAAACAUACUAAAUCAA